AAGAAAGAAGAAGAAGAAGAAGAAGAAGAAGAAGAAGAAGAAGAAGGAGAAGAAGUGGAGGUGGGAGGUGGAGGUGGAGGUGGAGGGAGGGAGGGAGGGAGAUUCCUUAAUAUUCAUAUGAACCAAAAACAGCCAUCAGCAGAAACAGUUACAUAUAACUGGCUAUAA